AAUGAGGCAUUGGAGGCAAGGGGGAAGUGGCUGGUGAGGUGGAGUGCGCAGGUUGCAAACGAUUGUUCUGUACCUGAAUAAGUGUAGAACACCUAGGUGUGCAUUGAUUAAGUUGUAAUCUGGCUGGGACAUAAUCAUUUGGAGCGCCACGUUUUCACGUCUGCUUCGGCGGAUUUGAGCUGUUAAGCAAUACUUCAUUCGAAGACCAGAAGGAUGGUUGACAGGUUAGUGAACAGCGAGGCUAACUCUCGGCGCAUCGCCAUCGUGGAGAGCUGCUUCGGCAGCUCCGGCCAGCCGCUGGCCGUGCCCGGUCGCGUUCUCGUCGGCGAGGGCGUGCUCACCAAGAUGUGCCGCAAGAAGCCUAAGCCGCGCCAGUUCUUCCUCUGCAACGACAUUCUGAUCUACGGCAACAUCGUCAUCAACAAAAAGAAGUACAACUGUCAGCACAUCAUCCCGCUGGAGGAGGUGAAGCUGGAGUCGCUGGAGGAUGAAGGCCAGUUCCGCAACGGCUGGCUGGUGCGCACGCUCACCAAGUCGUUCGCCGUGUACGCGGCCACCGCCGCCGAGAAGGCCGAGUGGAUGGCACACAUCAACAAAUGCGUCGACGACCUGCUCAAGAAGAGCGGUAAGCUGGGGGCCACCGACCACGCGGCCGUCUGGGUGCCCGACACGGAGGCCAGCGGCUGCAUGCACUGCAAGAAGAGCCAGUUCACGUUGAUCAACCGGCGCCACCACUGCAGGAAAUGCGGCAAGGUCGUGUGCGGCCCGUGCUCCAACAAGAAGUGGGUGCUACCCAGCCAGUCGUCCAAGCCGCUGCGAGUCUGCCUCAGCUGCUAUGAUGAGCUGAGCCGCGCCAAGACGGACGACAGCCGACUGGGCGACAACAGAGACAUUCGUCCGGCGCACCAGAGCUCGGUGGAUUCGUCGUCGGACGAGUCGGAUGAUGACGUCUCCAACGGCAACGCCGCCGCCCAGGAGGAGCCCAACAUUACUCAGUUUUACCGCAAGUCGGCAGCGGACAGCGGCGAUGCUCCGGCGCCGACCGCGCCGCCGGCGGCCGAUGCGGCCACAGAGGGUCAUUACUGACCGGGGUGCGUACCGACCGGCCGUCCGACGCCGCGUCAAGUCGAGCACCGCUCACCGCGGGCUCAAGAAGAUCGUGCGGCGCGGUGUGCGCGCGACCCUCGAGACACUGGAACUGACGCGGGGCCGAGCCGCCGCCGGCGCCGCGGCAGCGUCUCGCUGCAGACCGUGCCUUGCCGCUCGUGUGCGACGCGGCGCGCGGGCCGAGGGUCAGCGAGCGGCACGGCCUCAAUCUCCCCGACGCGGACAGAAGUGGGUCGCGUGUGGAUAUGUCUGCGGCGAAGGGGCGUCGCCGUGUCCUUGGUUUGACCCCCGCUGUACCGCCCCGUGCCUGGGCUUCGGCAGGCACCACUGUGGUGACGAUAAGUGUAGGGUGCGAGCAUCGCACUGGAACAGCCGAAUGCGAGCAUCACACGGAAUGCAUGAGACAUAAAACGUCGGGGACAUCUUUGUAACCAGUGCAUUUCUGAAAUGUUGCUGUAUGAAUGUGGUGGGGCUUCCUUGCCGAACGUUCACUUGUUGCUCCCCUCAUUUAACGAGACGAACGCGAAUCUAAGUGCUUCUCAGAAUAUUGGGUCCUAUAGAGGCAUGUCCUAUGUUAGCGUGUGGUGAAUAGUCGGCAAAGGUUAUGGAUAGCUAAGGACACCAAAUUGUUGUCGCGCUACCUGGUGUUUUAACCACCCUCACCGAGUAAGAAAUACACUUCUCUAUUUUACC